AUGAAUACAGCGGACAUACCUGAAGGCAUAUCAGAGUCAUUCGUAGAUCACCAAUUUGAGCCUAAUAAGCUUGUUCCUACAAACGAUAAAAAAAUAAUCUACAAUAGGUUGAAACCAAUUACGCCGAAUGAUUCGUAUGUAUCGUGCACAAUAUUCGACAUUAAAGGUAACAUUACAGCAGUCUCUCGAAAAUAUCCUAAAAUGAAAUUUCUUAAAGGUAACGACUUAUUCCCUCGAGAUCUCCGAAAAAUCGAUACAUCUUCAAUCGAUGUGGUGCCACUGAUUAUGGUCCGUUCCCCCAAUUGCAUACUUGUAAAUCUACUCCAUAUUAAGGCUAUAAUUAAAAAGGAUAGUGUCAUGGUAUUCGACACUUCCACGCCAUCUAUUGCUACAAAACUAGGGUUGUUUAUGUAUGACCUUGAGAUGAAAUUAAAAUUGCCAUCAGGAAACAUUUGUUAUGAAUUUAGAGCACUCGAAAGUAUUCUAAUCAGUGUGAUGAGUUAUUUGGAAGCAGAUUUGAGGAAUCACUUGCAAGGAUGUGGGCUUAUUUUAGCUGAGCUAGAAGAUGAAAUUGAUAGAAACAAAUUGCAAGAUCUUUUAAUCAAACUGAAGAAAUUAUCCAGUUUUUAUCAAAAGGCUGUUUUAAUUAGAAAUGUUUUAGAAGAACUCUUAGAUAAUGACGAGGACUUAGCCGGAAUGUAUUUAACAGAUCCUAUAAAAUUUGAUCCAACCAUUGAAAAUCCUACUGAUUUCGCAGAUUUAGAAAUGAUGUUAGAAUCGUACUAUAAACAAUGUGACGAGUUCGUUCAGCAAGCAGGAUCGUUGAUAAAUGAUAUCAAAGCUACCGAAGAAAUUGUAAACAUUAUCUUGGAUACUAAUAGAAAUUCACUUAUGUUAUUUGAAUUGAAAAUAACGGUUUACACUCUAGGAUUUACAGUAGCCACGUUAUUGCCUGCUUUCUAUGGUAUGAAUUUGAAAAACUACAUCGAAGAAUCAACAUUUGGUUUCGGUGCCGUUGCAGUCUUUUCAAUUAUACAGGGUCUUUUAAUUAUUAUGUUAAGUUUCCGUAAAUUACGAAAGGUUCAAAAAUUAACAAUGAUGGAUGGUGCUGGUAAUCAUUUGCACCACAGUUCAAGCCCUAUUGGAUUAAUGAAUAAAGAUAAAUGGUAUUAUAGACUAUUCUAUGGGAACAGACAUACCAAAUAUGAUAGACCAACCCCAAAGGAAAGUGAUGUAAUAUGGAGAAUGAUUAAUGACGACAAACCACUAAAAUAG